AUGAUGGACGCGCUGGCAGUCCCCAUGGUACUUUUGAUUGGGAUAACAAUCAAUGCCGCCCAUGCACAAGAGCUGGUUAACUAUAUGCCUCAUCUCACUUCUGAGGAAAUGGAAGGGAAGAUCACUACUUCCACUUUUGCCCUACAGCAACCGCGUUGUGUUUUCAACAAGCUUGUCAAUCCAACUGAUGUUAUAUGGCUGGUUGUGGCUCUUAGUGAUGCUAUAAAAAGUUUCAAAGCUCCCAAAACGCCUGAGGCCCUGCCUUACCAAUCUUUUCGCAAGAAUUAUUUUUACAUGACUUUGAAUACCACCGUGUCAAACUACCCCUGUCCAGAAAAAAGCAAUGAUAUUACCAUCCUGCGUGUGGGGAGUGAAACUGAGUGCGUUGUGGAUCUUUCGCGGCCAGAUUGUAAUGGUCCCCUCCCAAGCCCUGGACCGUACAGGGUCAAGUUCCUGGCAAUGAAUUCAACAGGCGUCAUCAUAAAGGAAUCAAAAUGGUCUGAUCCCAUCAGAUUGAUUCAAGGGAGAAAUCCUGACAAAAUUGUUGCCAAGCCCAGACGGCGGAGAAUUGAGACGACCGUCAUUAUCUCCAUCCUCUCCAUCCUCUCUGCCAUUCUCCUGGCUGCUCUCAUUGCCACCUUCAUCUAUAAAUAUUCCAGCAUUUGUGACAAACCGAUGUCUGCCGAUUUUGUGCCAAGGGAGGACCCAACCAUCGUACGCUACAUCGUUCAUUAAGGACAUGAUCCGUUGUCCAACAACUUCUGAGCUCCUACGUUGCUGAGGAUCAGUCAGUAUUUUCUUUCCUUUUCCUGCCUGCUUCCUGUUUCAUUUAUUAAUUGCAAACUUCCAGGUGUUUUUUUAUGUUUGGAGAGGGGCUGUCAUCUUUCGUUCCUUCCCUGCUCAGAAGAAAAGGGAGGAGGCGAGUGUGGCUAUCUUAAGAUUAAACGAU